CUGUAAAAUUGAGAAGCUCCCUGACAAAAAGAGGUGACCGAGAUGCAGAAGCCACACGUUGUGGCGGUGCCAUUCCCAGCACUGGGUCACUUCAUCCCUUUUCUCGACCUCGCAAGGCUCCUCGCUUCCAAUGGCUUCGCCGUCAGUUAUGUCACAACACCUGCUAACGUCUCACGCCUGCAAAACCAUAUUGUGAAAUCUGCGACCAAUGGUCUCGAUAUUCGCCUGGUACCCAUUCCUACUCCCGUCGUGGAAGGUUUACAAGGAUUCGAGAGCACCGAUCUCGUUGCCCCAGACUCAAAGUCGAGGAGACAUAUAUUCGAACUGGCAAAAUACCUUCAAAACCCUUUCGACACUUGGAUGGAGCAGCAAUUCCACCAACAAACAGUACCACCUCCAGUAUGUAUUGUUUACGACAUGUUUAUGGGAUGGGCUGUAGACACAGCCCAAAAAUUUGACGUUGCCAACCUUUCAAACGUCACUCAGCAUUUUGUUCGUCAGUGUCAUCAAAACAUUGCUAAAGGCUCGGGAAUGCUGAUUAAUACGUUCCACGAGCUCGAGCCCUUAUACGUCCAGCACUUGAAAAAAUUAACUGGUAAACCAUUUUGGGCCAUAGGUCCUGUGCAUCCGCAAAAUGUAUCUGGCAGAGCAGGUAACGUUUUCACGCGAGGGAAAACGUCGGACAUCAAUGAGCAAGAGCUGAUUUGCUGGCUGGAUUCGCAUAUCCCUCGCUCCGUGGUGUACGUUUCGUUUGGAAGCUUUACUCCAUUAUCACAAGAACAAGCGCAUGCUUUGGCCAGAGGUCUGGAAUCCAGCGAACAGCCAUUUGUUUGGGCUUUUAAAGUACCUCCAAAGAUCGAACCGGCAUCUUCAGAGUCAAAGACUGAUCAUAUUAGCAUAUAUCUGCCGGAGGGCUUUCUGGAGAGAACAAAAGAUAGAGGGUUGAUCAUACGCGGCUGGGCGCCGCAGCUUGUUAUUCUUUCCCAUGUUUCAGUGGGUGCCUUCAUAAGCCACUGCGGAUGGAACUCUGCCCUGGAAAGCAUUUCUCUUGGUGUUCCAAUUCUCACAUGGCCCAUGUUUACAGAUCAGCACUUCAAUUCCAAGCUUUUUGCAGAAUUAGGCGUAGGAAUUCAGUUCUGCCAAGACAAAGAUGCGAUUCCAAAAGAGGAAAGUGUAAGGGAGGCUGUCACGAUGGCUCUGAUUGGAUAUAAACGAGAAGAGAUGAGAGAGAACGCAGAAAAAUUGAAGGAGAUGGCUACAAACGCUAUCAAACUGGAAGGAUCUUCUGCUACAGAUUUGAGAGCUUUUGUAAGUGAGAUGCAUAAGUUGAAUACCAGACCAACAAAAGAAAAGGAGGAGACGGUAUCGAAUUUCAUCAUUCCAAGUACUGAAUAA